CAAGCACAAAUUACUUCCUGGCAUUAAAUUCAUUCACGUGAUCUUGCACAGGUAGCAAACGACCAGGAAGAAUAAACACCUGACGCCCGCCAUGUUUGAUCAAGAAGACCUGAAGUUUACCAAUGGGGUAACAUUAGGUUUAUAGUUCCCCUAUAGUUACAAGGGUUCCCUGACCAUGGACCCCUGGAACAGUGCCCAGGAUGUUGUACGCUGCACCCUGUGUCAGUACUCUGUGGCCCCCAUGUACUGUGAAGUUUGUCAUAUACAUCUGUGUAAAGACUGUGUAGAGAAACAUUUCUCUGAUUCCUCUAAAGUCCAUAAUGUGGUGCCACUUAAACAAUACUUAACCACUCUGAACUAUCCCAAAUGUAAGAAACACCCCACCAAACAAUGUGAACUCCACUGUGAACAAUGUGACAUUCCUAUCUGUGCACAGUGUAUUUCCUCUGGAAAACAUUCAGGACAUAAAAAAAUUGACAUUUUCCAAAGUUUUGAAAUAAAAACAGAAAUUUUAGAAAAAGAUUUGCAAGAAUUAGAAAAAUUAAUUUAUCCUAAAUACAAAGAGAUUGCAUCCAACAUCCCAGUGCAGAAAGCUGAUCUGAGUAAAAACUCCCAGAAAUUGACAACAGCAAUUGACAAACAAGGAGAAGUCUGGCGCAGAGAAAUAGACACCAUUAUCACAAACCUGAAAUCUAACGUGGAGGAAAUGGAAUCCAAACACCUGGUUGUCCUGAAUAAACAGGAAGAUGAAAUCACACACACCAUUUCUGAAAUCACACAGACCAUUGCUGAACUGAAGAAGUUACUGAACUCCAAAGAUGUCAGCCUUGUCUCUGAGUACAAAUCCAGAAACGCUGAAUUCAGAAGAUUGCCUCCUAAACUCAAAGUGUCCUUACCAAACUUUAGACCUCAGGAAAUCCACACAGAUCAGCUGAUUGAACAGUUUGGUUCUCUGUCAGCAUUAUCUUUUACAACAGAGGAACAAGACUACAGCAUGCCGCCCCAGGGAGCCGGGUCCUCUCCCCCAGACCGGUCACUGGUGGAUGUACCCCAGGUCAUCACAGCUAUAGACACAGGGUAUAUAGAUCUAUAUGGUGUGACGUGUCUGAAUGAUACAGAAGUAUGGACGUUUGGUGGUGACAACAUGAUGAAACUCUACAACCUCCAAAGGAAACUAGUGGAGUCCAUCCAAACCAAGUCAGGGAACAAUCCAACAGACAUAGCAGUGACAAGGAGUGGGGAUCUAGUUUAUACUGAUUACAUUGAUAGAACUGUGAACAUAGUGAAGAAUACACAGAUACAGGCGCUGAUCAGACUACAGGGGUGGAUACCUCGCAGUGUCUGUAGUACCUCCUCUGGUGACCUCCUGGUUGUCAUGGUCAGUGAUGAGAAACAAACAAAAGUUGUGCGUUACUCUGGCUCCACAGAGAAACAAAGUAUUCAGUACGAUGACAAAGGACAACCUCUCUAUUCAUCUGGUGACACUAAAUACAUCAGUGAGAACAGGAACCUAGAUAUCUGUGUGUCAGACCAUUACGCCCGUGCAGUAGUGGUGGUCAAUCAGGCCGGGAAAGUUCGCUUUACCUACACUGGUCCUCCCUCUACUACCAAGGAAUCAUUCUAUCCAUACGGCAUCACAACAGACAGCCAGGGUCGGAUCCUGACAGCAGACUGGAACAACUACCGUAUCCACAUCCUGGAUCAGGACGGACAGUUCCUCCGCUACAUUGACAACUGUCAUUUACAGCUUCCAUGGGGUUUAUGUGUGGACACCAGAGACAACCUCUUUGUGGCUGAGUGGGACACAGGUAAAGUGAAGAAAAUCCAAUAUUACAUGUAAAUCAAUGAACUGUAUAAAUUAGAUGUAAACAAAGCGUAUAAGUAUAUAUAACAUACUGUGUGUAGAUAUAAUGUAAACAAACUAUAUACACAUUACAUGUCAUUAUACGGUGUGUAUCAGAUGUAAACACGCUGUGUGUGGAUAAUUUAAUGUUUCACACAUACACUGACCGUGUCGACAAGAUGUAAACAGACUCUCUAACUGUAUCUAUGUUAGGUUUUCAUGAGUUAAUCAUUCCAUUUCUUCAAUCUUAAUUUAUUUGUUUAUAUAUCAUAUGUUUGUAUGUAAACAAAUUGUUCCUUUAUAUUGAUAUUACAUCUCAAGGAAACAGACCAUGUUUAUAUAUUGUAUGUAAACAAACUGUGUUUAUGUAUCACAUGUAUAAAUCAAGUGAUUCUAUGUACAUGUAUAUUACAUAUAAACAAACUCCUUUUUCCAUUUAUAGAUGUUUAUAUAAAGUGACUGUUUUACUGUGUCUAUAAUCUGUGUUUGUUACAUUAGAAUGAAUGGACUGUAUUUGUUACAUGUGGUUAUCAGCAAACUCUGUGUGACAUGUUUUAAUUACACAUAAUGGGUUAACAGACAGGAAGCACUCAAUUCUUUACCAGCAAUGGAGCCAGGCCACAAAGGGACUGAGGCCCAUUACUUAUAUAGAGGAGUGAUACCAGUAUAUUAACCCAGUCAGAAUUCACAUCCAAUGAGACAACUGUUUUGACUUACCUUUAAACCUUUAGAAUUAAGAGUUGAUGUUUGAUUUCCUGCUAAUCUUGUAUAUUCUGUUCUAACUUCAUAGAAUCCUUGUGUGGAAUAUUCCUACCUUUGGUGUUUUUAUCUAGGAGUUUUUGCAGAACUGAUUUAAAGAUUCUGAAAAUGUAUUUAGACAAUGAGUAGAUUGACAUAUAUCAACAUGAUACUGCUUAUGAAUGCUUUAUGAUAAUUAGUUUUUUAAUAAAACUUUAAGCAAAGAAAUCAAUGUAUUGUUCAUCAGCAACUAGCCUUUUAAAUUUGAAAACAACCACAUGAUUGCGUCAGAACAGUGGCGCCUGCAGGGUCAGCAAUUGUCCAAUUGUCAUGCUAACUUAUAGUUUUAUUUAAAAGAGAAGGUGAAUUAUAUUAUAUAAAAAAAGGUACAAAGUUUGUACAUAUAUUAAGUACUGGUACCAAUUUGUCUUCGUUGAAGCGGCAAUAAUAACGCUUAUUUGUGGUCAGUGGAGCAGUGAGGUAUGAGG